AUGUACGCCUCAACCAUCUUUGUUGCCCUUACCAUUGCGCUGUCGCAAGUCACUCUCGACGUGUCUGCAUUCAACUCGAUCGCACCUCGACAAGACUACUCAUCAGGCAAACCAGCCGCUGGACCUGGAGGCGCCUCAGCGCCUGGCGAGGGUGGAGCAGCAGCACCUGCGGGUGACGCCGCUUCACCUGCAGGUGCCGGUGCGCCUCCUCCGGGUGGUGCAGCUGGCGCAGCCGGCGCUCCUCCUUCCGAGGGCGGUGCUGGUGCAGCAGGUGCGCCUCCACCUGGUGGUGCUGCCGGCGCUUCUGGUGCCUCUCCGGACGCUGCAGCUUCCCCGGCAGUCUCUUCUGGCGGCGGUGACGGCGCGCCUACUCCUACGGACGGCGCGGCUGCCCCUGGUGGCAGCGGUCUGCCCGGUACCGAUGCAGGUGCUGGCACACCGCCGGCAUCAGGCGGCGACGCGAGCGGAUCUCCUCCUGCCAAUGGCACCGCUGUAAGCGAAACCAGCAAAGCGCCUGUUCCAGGGGACAUGUCCUCAGGCAAGUGUAUGUGCCCGGCACCCCCAACUUGCGGGGCAGAAGGAGCCGGAGGCGGACCCACGUCUUCUCCCAAUGGUACGCUUGCUGACCCUAGCAGCCAAUUACCCGACCCUACCACGCCCCCGCCCGAAGGAGGUGCGGCAGGUGGCAAUGAGACUGUUUCAGGGAGUGGAGCAGCAUUUAUGGCUCCGGAAGGCAAAGUGGUGACCGGGCUGUUUGCUGCUAUUCUCACAUUCUUCGCUUUAUAA